AUGCCUCCUAGCACCAUUAUGCCUCCUAGCACCAUUAUGCCUCCUAGCACCAUUAUGCCUCCUAGCACCAUUAUGUCUCCUAGCACCAUUAUGCCUCCUAGCACCAUUAUGCCUCCUAGCACCAUUAUGUCUCCUAGCACCAUUAUGUCUCCUAGCAUCAUUAUGCCUCCUAGCACCAUUAUGCCUCCUAGCACCAUUAUGCCUCCUAGCCCCAUUAUGCCUCCUAACACCAGUAUGCCUCCUAGCACCAUUAUGCCUCCUAGCACCAUUAUGCCUCCUAGCACCAUUAUGUCUCCUUGCUCCAUUAUGGCUCCUAGCACCAUUAUGGCUCCUAGCACCAUUAUGUCUCCUAGCACCAUUAUGUCUCCUAGCACCAUUGUCUCCUAG